AUGGAAAGACUCGAAGAAAUUCUGCGACUGUACGAACAGACCAAGCGGGAGCUGCUGCAUCGCGCGGGGGUGUACAAGAAUAACGGGGCAGCCGAGGCCCCACGGGGGAAGAAGCACUACAUUGAGAAGUCCGUCCUUCAGAGUUUGCAUCGGGUGAUUAGUAGUUACUGCAGUCUGGUGAUGGUACACAAGGAAGGGCGGAACUCACACGGAAUGAAUAAAGGGAAAGGCGGACCCCAAAACGGCGAGAAACGGAGAAACAUAAAAGAGAGCUGUAAGAACCGCUGUACUGAGGGGGAAGCCCAUGAUGAGCUCGUCACAAGGGUGGCACAAAAAAAGGCCAUACAACGUAGACACAUAGCGAGAGUAAACCGGUUUGUUAAAACUGACAAAUCGAUAGGGACCUUUGGGAAAUACGUAGAGAGGGUAUUUCGCUUGAGGGGGCGCAGCACCUGCGAUGGGGAAACAGAACAGGUGGAUGGGUCAGCAGCGGGGGAAAUCCACACAGAGGGAGCGCACCACACAGAGGGAGAGCACCACGCCGAGGGUUCGCACCACACAGAGGGAGCGCACCACACAGAGGGAGCGCACCACACAGAGACUCCCCCGAGUGACGGACACAAACGACUGCCCAAACGUAGAAUACAAAUAAUUUUGGAAAAGAACAUCCACUUUGAUCUCUUCCUUGGGGAAGUGCUGAAUUUCCUACAAGUGAUUCUACAUAGGAAAUCUCAUCAUGAAUAUGCUCAGGAGAAUUACGUUAAGGACAACCCUUCAUGUGUGAACAGCUUAACGAACGAGGAUAAGAAAAAUUGGUGGAGUAGGGUGUUGAGUCAGGGGGGGAGGGGAAAGAAACUCGGGGAACAAACUGUAGAUGUGAAGAGGCUACCUGUACAGAAAGGACGAGUUUCCCAUUCUGCAGAGAAAGGACGAGUAACCCAUUUUGCAGAGAAAGGACGAGUAACCCAUUUUGCAGAGAAAGGACGAGUAACCCAUUUUGCAGAGAAAAGCCCACAUGAUCGAAGCAAUUCGUGGAGGGAUACUACCCACCAUGGUGAAAAAAAACAUGAGAGCACCUCAAAUGAUGAAGAAAGAGAAAGGAGAAACAAAAAUGACCCUUUUAAAAAUCCCCCCAGUGGAGUGCAUUCCCCACUUCACCCAAUGGACAUGAAAAUGCAACUAUGGAGUUCCCUCCUCGAUGGAAACCACCACCCUUAUAAUUGUAUCAUUCGACAAGUAGAUCCUAAUUUGCUAUACAUCAUUGAUAGUGAUAGAACGUUAUUGAGGGUUCUUUUUUUCUUUAACAGGGUGCAUUUGUUUGUUACUUAUAUGUAUGUCACGAUUUGUCGAAAUGAAUCCCUUUUUUCUUGCCUAUCCGUUUUUGUAUUGAUAAUUCGGAGCUUCCAUGAGACAUGUAAAUUGGUGUCGAACGACAGUCGGUAUUGCUACUACGCAAAGGUGCAAAAUGACGAUGAAAUAGACUCCGUGAACCUAGCCAUACAUGUAACCAACACGAGCACGGACAAUAUAUGCUUUUACAAAAGGUAUAUCGAAGAGCACAUCCAAAGGGUGUUCCUACAUGUGUAUAAAUUGAGCGAACCAAAGAAGCGGAUCUGUUCAAGAGAAAAAAAGAAGGAGGAAGGAAUUAGUGAUCCGUCAAUGUUUAAAAACUACAGGCAAUUAUUUCGAAAUUUUUUUCAAGAAAUUGUAUCAUAA